AUGGAUUCAACAGCCCAACCCCGAGUGCAGCAUGGUAAUGGUGUGCAUGGUAAGCUGCCUCAAGGGCAGCAAUCACUGCCACCAUUAUCAACACUCACAAACGGCUUGCCUACAGCUGAACACAGCCCGGCCCAGCCAAAGCAACAAUUGGACAGCCGGGACAUCCGCGACUCGGGAAAUUGGUCCAUUGCUCCAAGCAAACACUCAUCUACUGUCUCUCAGCACAUGGGGCUGCAGGUGCAAACUCUUCUGAACCCUUCAGAAGAUUCGCCCUCGCGUGCAUCGAUACCAGAGACGCCAUCAUCGGCGAGGUAUCCUUCUGGCUUCUCUCAGUCUUCACAGCCAAGUGCUUUGCCAUCGCUCAACCAAGGGUUUGACAACAGACUAAGUGUUGAUGCCAGUUCACAUCUAGAAUCUCGACGCAGCAGUGUAGACAGCCGCAUGAAUGUUGGCAUGGGCCAUCUCAGUAUCCAUCCACAAUCGCCGUACGAGAGCCAGAAUGCAUCCCGAGUCUCCCUUGUCUCGAAUCUGCAGCAGCAACGAGGCAUUGCAAACCCCGAGUCGCGCCCCAAUGGCACUUCUCCUCUGUCGCCUAAUCGCAAUGGUCCACGUGCGAACCACCCUCCACGGCGCGCUCCCGUCAUUACUCCAAACCCCAAGAGUGUAUCCGGAGCACCCAAUCCUACCGCCUCGGCACCGACCAAGGGAUAUGCUUGGGCCUUUCCAGCAGACGACUUUGAGCAUGAGGACAAAAGAGCAUCGAGUAGUGGUGAGUCUAGCAUUGAUCGCUCAAAUGUGCCUUCGCGUCAAAACAGUAUUGCAACUUCAAUCAAUAGUAGUAUAUACACUACUGACUCAAGAUUACCCCAAGGCCAACAGCGGCUAGAUGACGACAUUCCAAGUACCCACCAUCAUUCUAUGCAACAUCGUAGCGUUACGAAUCUUCAGAGCAUAGACCCCAGUAAUCCAUUGACUCCUGGUGGCGGAAGCUAUAGUCGGACACCCGAACUUCGCGUGAGCCACAAAAUGGCUGAGAGGAAGCGCAGAAGCGAGAUGAAGACUUUGUUUGAUGACCUAAACAACAUCUUGCCCAACUCGCCAGGCAGCAAAUCAAGCAAGUGGGAGAUACUCACCAAAGCCAUUGAGUACAUACGGAAUCUAACCAGAGCACACCAGACUGCUCGCGAAGAGAUUGGUCGCUUGCGACCUGACGCUGAAUAUUGUCGACGGGCCCAAGAGGAGAACGAGCUACUUCGCUCCGAAUUGACAGCCGUAUGGAAUGCUCUUCGUCGUGUUGACCCCAACAAUGCACACGUCUACGGAAGCAUGACUGGUCAUCUCGCUCAAGGGCAUCCUACAACGCCUGGUUCUGCCACCACCGUGCUCCCGCCACUUCAGCAACAGCAACAACAACAGCAACAACAACAACAACAACAACCGCCAGCCUCGUGGGUGCCACCGCAUGCCAAUGCGAUGCAAGGCGUCGAGUUUGGUGGAAUGCGCCCAUAUGAGCAUUCACAUCGCUAA